GGCAACCGCCUGAUUCACUUGCUACCUGCAGACUGCAAGUCUCACCUAUAUCGCUGUUUUCUUCUGCGCCUUCAUAUCUUUAUCGCAUCUAUUAUACGGCUUCAAUCUUUGAGCAGACAAAAACUCGAUCUUCCAAACAUGCCAAAUCUUGUCAAUUUAUUAUUCCUCGGCUCUUCCUUGCUCCUCUUGGCUUCCAACGAAGCUAUUGCGCUCCCUUUGGCAAGCUAUGGUGGUAAGAACGCUACGCUGCCAAUGCUACCAUACUCAUACGAUGCACUUGAGCCAGCCAUCAGUGCUCGCAUCAUGGAACUUCAUUAUUCCAAGCAUCACGCCGCGCUCGUCACUGGUCUUAACAAUGCAUUGGCUGCCUACUCAAUCGCUGCCCAAUCGGGCGACUUAGCUAAGCAAAUUGAGAUCCAGAGCCUGAUUAAGUUCAACGGCGGUGGCCACAUCAACCACUCUUUGUAUUGGAGAAAUCUCCAACCUGUGAGUUUGGGUGGAGGCACAAUGAAAGCUGGCUAUUUGGCAGCGGCAGUGCAAGCACAGUACGGUGGCUUAGAUAACUUGAAGACCCAGAUGAACGCGGCUGGUUCCACGUUCCAAGGUUCUGGCUGGCUCUGGCUUGCCUGCGAUAAGACCAGCAAGAAGUUGUUAAUUGUGACUACCAGUAAUCAAGACCCCUUGGUUGGCUCCCUAACCCCGAUCAUUGCCAUCGAUAUGUGGGAGCAUUCUUGGUACCUUCAACACUACAAUGUCAGAGCAAACUACCUUGUCAACAUUUGGAAUGUCAUCAACUAUGAUGAAGCCGAGGCCAGAUACCGGUCUAUGUAGGUGGAUGCUAUUUGGGGGAUGUCAGGAAGUUGAACUAAGAGCUACAAUCGUUACACUUGUCCUUCCCUUCCAAUGUUUGUUCUCUGUUAUGGACAAUUCAGAGCUGCUGUACAAUUCCCUGCUUCAUAAUGUUUAAGGUACCACUUGAUUUUACAAUCCUAUUCAAUCAGAUGUCUCUCUUUGGCUUGCUAUCAAAUUUGAUGUGCUCUCAUUCCAUGACUCGAAUACGUAUGAUAUUCAAGAGUAGAUGCAAGACCACAUCAUGCUAAUUGAGGUGAUC